AAGUGCAGCUGAGUUCCAAAAGCGGACAUAGGUGGAGGGAUAAGAAAAAAAUCACUACGUUAAGAGAAAAAUAACAGACUGAAAACUUCAUUGAAAAGUGUGUCGACUGAACAUAUGGAGUUUAUGCACUUACGAACACAAAGGCAAAGCUGACAUAAGCACUUGCAAGAAAAUCAAACUCAAUUAUUAUUUUUCUAUGACAGGAUACUGGAAGAAUGGCCCUACAGCUAGCUGAUGUACCAAGUAGCCCACUGGCCAUGGAAUAUGUUAAUGAUUUUGAUCUAAUGAAAUUUGAAAUCAAAAGAGAACCCUCAGAUGGCCGACUAUGCAACCCCCGAAUGCCAGCUGGGUCUGUAUCCUCUACACCUUGCAGCUCUGUACCACCUUCUCCAACAUUCAGUGAACCCAGUCCUGGGGACCAGAAGGCCACCCUAGAAGAUCUGUACUUGAUGGCAACAUUGCAUCAGCAAAUGAACCCAGACAUCUUGAACCUGACGGCAGAAGAUGCAAUGGAGGCCCUGAUAAACACUGCUACUACAACAGUAGGAAAUAGCACGCAGCUACAGGGAAUGGAGGCAUUCAGGGGUCAUCAUCAGGGUCCAGAGGCAUUCCGAGGUCAGCAUCCAGCCCAUUCACAGCAUCCAGCAUUCUUUGUGCUGGCGGAUGACUUCAGCACUCAGCAUCAGCAACACCAGAUUGCCCAGCAUAUUCAUAUAGAAGAACGCUUUUCAGAUGAUCAGUUGGUUGGCAUGUCUGUUCGGGAACUGAAUCGCCAGCUGCGGGGUUUCAGCAAGGAAGAGGUAAUUCGUCUCAAACAGAAACGUCGCACAUUGAAGAACAGAGGUUAUGCACAGUCAUGUAGAUUCAAACGGGUGCAGCAGAAGCACAUCCUUGAAACAGAGAAGACACAUCUGGCUCACCAGUUGGAGCAGCUAAAGGCAGAAUUGGCCAGAGUCAUAAGGGAGCGAGAUGUCUACAAAGCUCGCUAUGAGAAGCUGGUGGCUAGUAGAUUCUCAGGAACUGAGCCUCCUGUUACUGAGCCUAACUCUUCAAGAGACUUCUUCUUGUGAGUUUUACAUCUCUGCGGGGACUCUCUCCAGCUCUCAGUUCUUGUGAAACAAACUGAGUGGGUGACAUGACCACUGCCUGCUGUGGGAAAACCUGUUCCAGUGGUUACUUUUAGUUUCAGUCAACACCAUGGCAGUUUCAGUGUGUAGCAGAUUAACAGAUUACAAGUCAGCAGUAUUGAGAUGUAAAGCACUGCCCUAUACUUAUAACUGGACUUUAGCACUCGUACUCUGGUCUUCAGUGUAACUGACAAUUCAGUAUGACUGCAUAGCAACCCUCAUGUGUUACCUUUACCACAUGUCCUGUCUCAGACACUAUGAUUCACUAUGUAUUACUCUCAGCCUGACUUCAAAACUCCAGAACUAUGCUGCAUUCACUUGUUUUUUAUUCAGGCACCCUGCAUGCAGGACAUGUAAGGCUACUUAGAGACAUGGACAUCAAACUUAGAAGCGUUUUCUUAGCUGUUCCUCUUCCCAUCUCCAUGGCAAUUAAGGUUCCCACCUUUUCAUCCCGCCUUCAUUCCUAGCAUUCAAGGAAACUGUGAGAGGGAGACAAGAACUGGAGACUGUGGCAAAGAACAGGAGUUUUUUUUUUUCCAUAAAUCCUAUUUACCUUACCUUUGCACCUGACGCA